CUAUUAUAUACAAAGCUUAGCUAGAUAAGUUAUAUGAAACCAAAACAUUAUCAUGAAUCAGUUAUUUGCUUCGAUACCGAACAACAAAAAGAUAAUUGUUCAAGAACUGACAGCUCUGGUUGAACAAAUUGUGCAACGUACAUUCGACUUUGGUGCGCUUACAUGUAGUGAAUGGAAAGGAUACAAGUUUAUUCCGCUAUUCGAAGCAGAUACUGCAAAGCGAGCAUAUGACAAUUACGAAUUCGAAGAAAAUACUGUUCUACUGGCAUCUUUUCCGAAAACAGGAACUAAUUGGACGGCCGAAAUUAUUCGCCAAAUAUUUUACGGGCAAGAUGAAAAGCUCGAUGCUAUUUCUAAGUCGAUACCUCCAGCGUUGUCAAUGCUAGAAGUUUGGAAGGCUGAAAAGCUUGAUCUGAUGGAGCACCUACCUUUACCACGUAAGCUAUUUGCAACUCAUCUUCCGGCUGAAUUGAUAAACAUCGACAAGUUAAAAAAGAAAAACGGAAAGGUUGUUGUUCUUGUGAGAAAUCCAAAAUAUCAAGCGGUUUCUUGGUAUCACUUUUCGAAAAAUCAUCAUUUUGAUUCGGUGCGUGACGUGUUAAGCAGCGAUUGGAAUCAAUUUUUGUCAGAUUACGUGCAAGGCAAGCACCCUCUUAUAACAAAACCGGGUGAAUGGUAUCCUGAAUUUUUGCUGGGGUGGAAUAAGCACAAAGGUGAUAGUAACGUCAUGUUUCUAAUAUUUGAAAAUAUGAAAAAGGAUAUUAAGAGGGAAAUUCAAAGAUUAGCUACAUUUUUGGAAGUUGAUAUAACAGAUAAAAGAGUAGCAGCGAUUGCUGAAUCUACAUCGUUUGGCGCCAUGAAAAAAAAUGCAGAAUUAGGCGUAAGUGAAUUCGCGAAAGUACAGAAUAUCAUGACAAUGAUGAGAAAAGGGCAGGUUGGAGGAUGGAAAGAGACGUUUACCGUUGCACAGUCUGAAUUAAUGGAUAAAAUAAUAGAAGAAAAGCUUGGCCAUACGGACAUCAAAUUUACAUACAUGCUUUGAUAUCUUAGCAUUUAUAUGAAGUAUACGAGUUUCAUCUUCUGAUAUUACAAAUCUAAGCUAUAAUUGAAAUGAUUCUACUGGUAUUAGAGUUUUCAUUGGUCUGAAAAGUUAUCUAAUGGCGAGAGGAAUUCUUUUAUGAACAAAAUACUGUAUUCCAUAACAAUUCAGGUUAGAUACAAGCGAUAACAGAAAAUAAUCAUAUGAAUAUGAUGCAAUAUAUAAACUUUCGUCCGUUAUGAGAAUUUUCAUUUUAAGAUAUAUAUAUAUAUUUGGUGGAGGAUUGAUCCUGUCGUGAAUGUCUUUUAUUAGAUUGGUAGACAGGGACAGUGACGUAAAUUGCAUAUGUAUGCGAGGAGAAACGCACUUGUAAUCAUUAAGUAGUAAAAUUUGAAAUCAAAUUUUCCGUUCUUUGCGGUGAUAGUCCAGUUUUCCCAAAAAUAAUAACAACAAGAAUUUAGUACAAUAUCGACCUAAUAGCCUCACCAUAGAACUCUUACUUUACCAACAAUAUGUAAAAUUUCGAUUCAUGUUCAAGUAAUUUCAUUUGUGCGAGGUUUACACUAAUGCGACUUGUAGUUUGGAAUUCCUUCACUUUCACCAAGUGCAACAUCAAAAACUUAGUUGUUUUUGAAAAAACUCUGAAGAUUAGUAGGGGCUCUUCUUAGGUUCCAAGGAGCACAAGCUUCAACAAUGCCAGUUCAAAUUCAAAGACGCACUAAUUUCAUCUGCAUGCUGAUGAAGUGGUAGUAACGACUUUUCAUGAGAAGUCAAACAAAAUCCCUAUCACCACGUUCCUAUCGAUUAGCUGUACGAACAUAUGUCAGGUCAUAUAUAUACAGAAAUUAAACAAUCCGUACAACUCUUUAUGUGAAUAUCUGUAAACUCGUUCAUUCUUUGGACUAUAUGUGCAAUCAUAUAUUAAUAUGCGAAAUAAAAACAUAUUAAUAGGUG